AUGAUUGAAGAGUUACAGUUUCCGAAUCUAGUCGGCGAUGAAAGCGCAGAAGAUGCAGAAAAUGGAUUCAGUACUUUCGAUCCUCUGAUUAAAAUUCGAUGUUCAUCGCAACUGAAGUUCUUUUUGUGUUCAAUUUAUUUCCCGAUGUGCACCGAUAAGGUACCAAUUGCAAUCGGUCCUUGUCGACCGUUAUGUGAACGCGUUCAAAUGAAGUGUGAGCCUUUACUGAAGGAGUUCGGCUUCUCAUGGCCAGUGUCAAUGAAUUGCUCCAAAUUUCCUCCGGAAAAUAAUCACGAUGCAAUGUGCAUGAAAGGACCAGCAUCAGAUGAGAGUGCUGCAUCGGCAAAUGAAGAAGCCGAACUGGAAUCAUCAAACGUCUAUUCGGCAACUGCGGUUAGAUGUACUCAACCGAAUACAAUCUACAUGAAUCGAACGGCGCAGUGCGUGCCGUUAUGUCAUUCGAGCCAUGGCUAUAAUCAAGACGAUCGUGAAUGUGCAAGUACAACGUUGUUCAUAAUGUCAUCAGUGUGCGCAUCACUUUCGUGUGUUUGUUUAUUAACCAUCUGUACGAAGCGACAGUGCUUAGUUGCUGUACCCGAAUUGUCACUUUUGUUUUGUUCGCUUUCAUUUGCGCUUUCUGCAGUGGUUUAUCUCUGCUCACUUCUUUAUCGUGAACGGAUUUCUUGUGUUCAUUAUACAUCCAAGUCGAUAUUCGUUGUGGCUGGUGUGCAACACAUUCCGUGUACAACCACAGCAAUAUUGUUAUAUUAUUUUGGUACAACCGGGAGGUUGUGGUGGUUCGUUUUAUGUUGUACGUGGAAUAAUUAUGCCACGCAAAGGAAUCACAGCAAUCAACAGAAUUCGGUACUUUUCUUUUUGCUAACAUUCACAAUAAUAGACAGCAUCGUACUACGAAUACAUGUGAUGGUGUGGGGCAUUCCGCUGGGUUUGGUUAUGUUAGCUUUAAUGGCUCAGUCUGUUCACGCUGAUCCUCUCUCGGGUAUCUGCCUGGUUGGAGGUGGAAAUCGUUUCAUUGAAGCCAUUUUCGUUUCGUUACGUGAACUCAUUUUAUUGUUGUGCUGUAUUGUUCCACUGUUUUUCGGAUGUUUAGCACUCAUCGGUUCCGCACCAGCCAACGAUCAUUCUGUGGCUCUGUCUGGCUUGCUGGGCAGUAUUUAUCCGAUGGCGGCUGCCUUCCUGUUGCUUAGUUCAUUACAGUACGUCUUAUCACCAUCAACAUCGGCAUCGGCAAAUGCGUGGAAUAUGAUAACAGCAAUGAAGUUAUUAGCUGAUCCUUUGUUGGGUUUAUUAGCGUCUGGUGGUUGUUUAUUCCAGAUAUUUUAUAAUCUCUUCAAUCUGAAUCGGUCAUUACUCGUUGAUAAACAUGGAUACCAACCAGCUCUGCCACAUAUUUCCCAAUCUCAGCACGCAUCUCUACCAGCCACGACGGCAACAGCAGCUAGUGCAUAUCCCAUCAACAGGCAUUCUGAACAACGACCGCUAUGUUAA